CUUUUUGUUUCCUUUCAAAAAAGAAAAGAAAAGAGAAAUAUUUUGAAAGGAGUUUGGGGGCUGACGUGAUGACAAUGGACGAGAUGAAGGACCUUGAAGAGCCUAAACGAAGGCGGAGGAGGAGGAGACCGUUGGAGUUGAUUAGGCGGCGACUUGGCACAGCAGUGACCAGCUGGAUGCAAAUUCUCGUCGUGUUGUGCGUGGCCGUCAGUUUAGCUGAUUGCCGGAAAUUGGCGUUCACCCGACCGCGCUACAAUGCCUCCAUCUACGAGAACAACAUCGGCAAGAGCUACGCCACUCCAGAGACGGAGCGGAUGGGCAUCCAGUUGGCGGAAGCCGGAGCGGCGACGGAUAUCCGCUAUCGGAUCAUCGGCGGCGACAAGAACAAACUCUUUAAAGCGGAAUCGCGCACAGUCGGCGAUUUCAGUUUCCUCUUGCUGAGGACGAGGACGGGCCAGGUGGACGUGCUCAACCGCGAGAGGACGGACCUGCACAAACUGCGCAUCAGGGCCAUGCUGAGGUCGGCUGUCGACGGAUCCGAUUCGGAUCUGCCGGACGCCGAGGCCGACGUCUGGGUCUACGUCCUGGACACGAACGAUCUCAGUCCGCUCUUUUACCCGAGCGAAUACGAAGUCAACGUGCCCGAGGACACGGCGCUGCACGUCUCGCUCGUCCAGGUCAAGGCCGACGACGCCGACGUCGGAGUCAACGGGGAAAUCUACUACUCGCUGGCCGAGCCGUCGGAGCAAUUUGCCGUUCACCCGCUGACGGGCGUCAUCUCGUUGACGAGGCCGCUCGUCUUCGCCGAGCAGCCGUUCCACGAGCUGUCGGUUUUGGCUAAUGACCGAGGGCCCAAGCUGGGCACGGCCGUGGUGGGCGCCGCGUCGCGGGCCAGGGUGCGCGUGCACGUGAUGAGGGUCAAUCAGCACGAGCCGAAAAUUCACGUCCGUCACCUGCCGGACGUUGUGGAACAGUCGCAAGUGGACGUCUACGCCGUCGUCCGAGUGGAAGACGCCGACCAGGGACCCAGCGGCCAGAUCCGCUCGCUGGACAUAAUCGACGGUGAUCCGGAUGGAUACUUCCGCGUCCAGCGAGUCGGAAACGUCGGCCAGCUGGCGGCGGACAGCAACAAUGGCGCCGAAUUCAACAUUGCCGUUCUGAAAUUGCUGGACCGCGAACGGGCCCCCAUGGGAUACAAUCUGACCCUGCGGGCCGUGGACGGAGGUACGCCUCCGCGCAACUCGACGGCCACGCUGCACGUGACGGUGGCCGACUGGAACGAUCACGCUCCCGUCUUCGAUCGGGAGCACUACGAAGUGCGGAUCGUUGAAACUGCUCCCGUGGGCACGCCUUUGAUCCGUCUGCGAGUCUCGGAUGAGGAUCAAGGCCGCAACGCCCAAGUCCAGCUGAGCAUCGUCGGCGGCAAUCAAGGCGGCCACUUUCGCAUCAACCCGACCAGCGGCGUUCUCUACACGGCCCUGCCGCUCGACGCGGAAAUGAGGGCCGAGCACAUACUGACUGUGAGUGCUAUCGAUCAAGGAACGGCCGGUACUCGUCAACAAUCGUCGGCCAAAGUCACCGUCCAAGUCCUGGACGCCAACGACAACGAUCCCGUCUUUUACCAGCAGCCGGGCGGCAUCUUGGAAAUCCAGGUGGAUGAGAAUGAGCAAGCCGGAGCUGAAGUGGCCAGAGCGACGGCUCGAGACGCCGACGCUGGUGAGAAUGCGUACAUUAGUUACAGCCUGGCCAAUCUGGCGCCCGUUCCUUUCGAAGUGGAUCCCUUCACGGGAGCCAUCCGCACUACCGAGACGUUAGACUACGAGACUGGACGUCGAAGGUACUUGCUGAAAAUCCGCGCCUCGGACUGGGGGACUCCGUACAGACGCCAGUCGGAGCUGUUGGUGACGGUCAUUGUCCGAGACGUCAACGACAACCGGCCACAAUUCCAGCGCGUCGGCUGCGUCGGACGCGUUCCGAGGACGACGCCCAUCGGCUCUGAAUUGCUGACCCUAUCGGCCGUCGAUUUCGAUCAGGGCAACUCGGUCGUCUACCGCAUUGUUUCCGGCAACGAGGACGGCUGUUUCAGCUUGGAUUCGUCGUCGGGCGCCGUCGGCGUCGCCUGCGACCUCUCGGACCUCGGCAUCAGCGAGCGCUUUGUCAACGUGACGGCCACCGACGGCCAACACUUUGCCGACAUUAUGACGAUCCGAAUUCAUCUGACGGCCGGCCUUCGAGGCGAGGAAGAGCCGCGGUUCGAGUGCCGAGAGACCGGACUCGGCAAAAAGCUCUUGGAGAUGAUGAACGCGGCGGCCAAGAGGCAAACGGGCGCUGAUGAUUCAGAUCCGGUCACGGAACUACCUCCACUUCCGUCGCGCUACGGCCAGAAUGUACACACUCCAGAAUUCUUCGAUUUCCCCGUCCAGGUGCGUGUCAAUGAAUCCGUCUCGAGCGGGACGGCGCUCAUCCGCCUGAGGGCGAGAGAUCGUGACCACGGCUACAACGGUCUGUUAGUGUACGUCAUUUCUGGAGGCGAUGACGACUCGGCUUUUCAAAUCGAGACAGAGACGGGCUUGUUGCGAGUCGCCGGCCAAUUAGACCGGGAGAAAAGGGCCGGCUAUUCGCUGAAUGUGACCGUCUUCGACUUGGGGCAGCCGCAGAAAUCUGCCUGGAGGAUUUUGCCCGUCAUCGUCACGGACGUCAACGACAAUCCGCCGCGUUUCGACCGGCCCGUCAUUAGCGUUUCCAUUGCGGAAACGGCCCAAAUUGGCACGUCCGUGGCCCAAUUGAGCGCCAGCGACGCGGAUGAGGGCGACAACGCUAAAAUCACAUUCAGCCUGGCCGGCGGAGCUUCGCCGGACAUGAAGCUCGACCCAAACACCGGGCUGCUCACCGUCGCCGGCCAGCUGGAUCGCGAACGUCAGGAUUUCUACGAGAUCGCCGUUAUCGCGCGAGAUGGGUCCGCCAACGGUCCCGGCUUGACGUCCAAAGCACUGGUCCGUGUGAGAAUCCUGGACGUCAACGACGUUGCUCCGCGCUUUGCCCGUCCCUGGCAAGUGGUCAAGAUCCGCGAGGACAUGCCCGUCGGAGCUGUUGUGGCUCUGGUGCAAGCGACGGAUCCCGACCUCGGUCUCGGCGGCGUCGUCCGUUACAGCUUGUCGUCCAGCUACGCGUCCGAUUCGACGGUGGAGCGUUUCAGCAUUGAUCGAGUGACGGGAACGGUGCGGCUGGCACGUCGCCUGGACUUUGAGGACCGUUCCGUCUACAAUUUGACGGUUCGUGCCAAAGAUCGCGGCUCGCCGUCCCUCUCCAGCGAAGCUUACCUGGCCGUCGAGGUGGUCGACGUCAACGAGAACCUCUACGCUCCGCGCUUUGAGGACUUUGUCAGCGAGGCCAGCGUGCGUGAGAACGCGCCGCCGGGCACGAUCGUAGCCAAAGUCACCGCCACCGAUGCUGAUCCCCCGGGCGACGAUUCCCGGCUCUCCUAUGUCAUCCGCGGCGGCACCGGACUGGGCCUUUUCUCCAUCGACAAUGAAGGCACGAUCCGAACUCGAGCCGUGCUGGAUCGUGAAACUACACCGCAUUAUUGGCUGACGGUCGUUGCCCAGGAUCACGGCAUCGUCACUCUUUCCGCAUCCAUCGAGGUGUUUGUCGAGGUGCUGGACGAGAAUGAUCACAUCCCCCUGACGACCGAGCCCGUCUACUGGGUCCACGUCUCUGAGAAUUCGCCGCCUCGGACGCCCGUCGUUCGCAUUACGGCCAUUGACGGCGAUCGCAACUCCAAGUUGACUUAUCAACUCAAGGCCGGCAAUCCGCAGAGCCUUUUUGACAUUGAUCCUAACACGGGCAAUAUUACGACGACUGGAAGGCGACUGGACCGCGAGAAUCUGACGGAACACAUUUUAGAGGUGAUGGUUAUCGACAACGGCAAUCCCACGCUCUCAUCCAGCACGCGCGUCGUGGUGAAGGUCGACGACGUCAACGACAACGCGCCAGAGUUCCUCGAGCGCUUCUACAAGAUUCAAAUACCCGCCAGCGUCAUCUCUCAUCCGGAAAGCGUCGUCCUUCAGAACGAGACGGAGGAGUGGCUCGAUCCAGAGUCCAACAGCACCAGUUUGUGGAUCACAUCGCGGCUGGACAAUCUAUUGGGAAGUCCGGUCUUCAGGGUGGAAGCAUUCGACCGCGAUACUGGCGACAAUGGCCGUGUCGAAUACAGCCUAAUGGAAUCAGCCAACACUAAAGGACGCUUCCGGAUUCAUCCGCACAGUGGAAUCAUCUACGCCCAAAAGAGCCUCUCUGCCGGCCAAGAAUUCUCGUUCAACGUCCGAGCCAGCGACCGAGGCCGUCCAUCACGUAAUGCUACCACCCGCGUUUCGGUGGCCGUCAUUGGAGUGCCGGCGCAAUCGCCCAAUCCACCCGAACUAAGCACGGACAACAGCCGUCGAGCCGACGUCAUGGAAUCGGAUCCCGUCGGUCACGCCGUCGCCUUCAUCACAGCCAACGACCCGGAUGGCGACAUGCUUUGGUACAAGAUCGAAGAUGGGAAUAUCGGGGACAAAUUUGCAAUGCAAACGACAGGCAAUGGCAAAGUUUACGUCGCUCAGCCUCUCGACUGGGAACAGCAAUCGUCUUAUUUGCUCAACAUUAGCAUCACUGACGGCCAUAACACGAUUUACACUCAGUUGGAAAUUACCGUACUGGACGUCAACGAUCACCCGCCCGUCUUCUCGGAGCAACACUACCGGGCCGAAGUCUCUGAGAAUGCCGAAGUGGGCGCGGAGAUUAUCAUUCUCAACGCGACGGACGCUGAUCAGGACAAAAGGGUCUUUUACGCUCUCCACGCGGCCGCCAGCGCCUCGUCCCUCCGUAAAUUCAAAGUGGAUUCGAUCCGGGGCGUUGUCACUUUGGCCGAGAAACUCGACCGGGAAACGAUGGCCCAACAUUUGCUGACCGUGUCCGUCAAAGACCAAGGCACUCCAUCCAAACGCAAUUUCGCCCGCCUCAUGAUCGACGUCAUUGAUCACAACGACCACACGCCCGAAUUCAUGUCGGAACUCGUCCAGGUUCGCAUCUUCGAGACGGCCGCUGUCGGCUCGGUGGUCACGGCCAUGCUGGCCAUCGACAAGGACCGCGGAGCCAAUUCGAAAGUGACGUAUUCCAUUAGCUCUGGCAAUGUGGGUGGGACGUUCGUUAUCGAGCCCGACUCUGGUCUCAUCCGCGUCAAUCAACCGCUGGAUGUCGGCACAGCGCACGAGUACAUGCUGGUAGUGAAGGCUUCUGAUGGAGGUUCGCCAUCGCUUUCCACCUCGUGUCGAGUCCACAUUCUCGUCACAAUGGCCGAGAACGAUCCCCCCAAGUUCUUGCAGAGCGAGUACACUGCCGACGUCUUUGAAGACGCCACUGGCGGGACUUUUGUUAUUCAGGUGGAGGGUAGAUCCAUCUCGAGCCUGUUAUUCGAAAUCACCGACGGCAAUAGCGACGGCUCCUUCACCAUCAAUCCCAGUACGGGAAUCAUUGUCGUGUCGCCGAGAGGUGGCCUCGACUACGAGACUACCAAACACUACAAUCUGAGCAUCAGCGCCAUGAAUAUGGCCGGCUCGUCAGCCCGAUGUCUUGUCCAUGUUCACGUGUCCGACGUCAACGACAAUUCGCCGACGUUCAGUCAGGACCUGUACGAAGGAACCAUCUCGGAAUCGGCUCUGGCCGGCUCGCUGGUCUUCCAGCGUUUGUCGUCGGCUCCGCUGGUCGUGUCGGCCAAAGAUCGCGACGCCGGAGUCAACGCGCUCCUGUCGUACGACAUUGUGGAACCGCGAGCGGCCCAGCUCUUCGCCAUCGAUUCGAACACGGGCGCUGUGCGAACGCUGGCGCCGCUCGAUCGGGAGCAGCUGGCCCGAGUCGAGUUCACUGUCCAGGUGUCGGACCAUGGCCGCCCUAGGCGCAACUCGGACCAAGUGGCCCGUGUCAGCAUUGUUAUCACCGACGUCAACGAUUCGCCGCCGAAAUUCACGGGCCAGCUGCCUUACAGCGCCUCGGUGCUCUUGCCCACUUUCGCCGGCGUGGCCGUCUUGCGCGUCCGGGCAGAAGACCCCGACGUCGACAUCAACUCGACUCUCACUUAUCAGAUCAAAGGCGGCAAUGGAGCGGGCAAAUUCGCUAUCGACAGGCGCACGGGCUGGAUUAGCGUCUCGGACACGGACGGCUUGGCCGGCAAUAAUUUCUACACGCUGGAAGUUGGCGUCAGGGACGGCAAGUUCAGCACGGCCACCAAAGUGGAAAUCCAACUGGAAAAGAUGUUGCCUUCCGGUCUGGCCUUCGCCCAGGACAAGUACACGGGUUACGUGACCGAGAACAGCACCCGCGGGCCGUCGACGAUCGUGGCCCUCAACGUGCUGGGCACGCAUCUCAACGAGCACGUCACUUUCUCCAUCCUCAAUCCGCAAGGGCUUUUCCAGGUGGGAAGCACUUCCGGCGUCGUCCAAGCUAUCGGCCUCGUCCCGUUCGACCGCGAAGUUCAGCCGCGUUACGUCAUCGUCGUCGAGGCGCGGAGCGAGCGCGGCGACGGCGAGAAACCGCGCAUCGCCCACACUCGCGUCGAAAUUGAAGUCACGGACAUCAACGACAACCGGCCCGUCUUUUUCAACCUGCCAUACUACGCCGUCGUCUCGGCCGAAGCGCCCAAAGGCAGCGUCGUCACCAAGGUGCAAGCGAUGGACAAGGACGUGGGCGAAAACGGUGACAUUCGCUACGAGUUGCUGCGCGGCAGCGGCGAAUUAUUCCGGGUGGACCGCCGCACUGGCGAAAUUUUGCUGCGUCACGUCCUGGAAGGACAACAUCACAGCGACUACGAGCUGGUGGUGGCGGCCUACGACGGCGGCACUCCCCCGCUCUCGUCGGAGGCCUUGGUCCGCGUCAAGGUGGUGGACAAGAGCCAACCGGUCUUUGGCCAGCAAUAUUACUCGGCUUCGGUGGCCGAAAGCGCCGAUCCCCUCUCGCCGGUGCUCAGCGUGCAGGCGUCUAGCCCCUCGGGCAGGCAAUUGAUCUACUCCAUCGUGUCGGGCAACGAGGGCGAGGAGUUUGCCGUCGACUUUAACACAGCCCACAACUCGGAAAACGGGCCUUGUCUCAUCUAUAUCGUCAACAGGCUGGAUUACGAAGCCAGAUCCAAAUACGAAUUGCUCGUGCGCGCUACCGACAGCGUAUCGGGUUCGCAUUCAGAGGUGCCCGUCAGUGUCAGCGUCGACGAUGCCAAUGAUUCACCGCCAGAAUUCAGCAACAACGAGUACAAUGUCACGUUGUCGGAAGCCACGCCUUCCGGUACGGUGGUGUUGGCUGUCAGCGCUCACGAUCUCGAUUCCGGCAUCAACGCCCAAGUCGUUUACCGACUGUUACCGGAUACCACUGGGGGACAAGACGGGCCAGCGGUAGUUGCCGCUCCGGCCGAGUUCUUCCACAUGAACCCGGAAGACGGAACGUUGAUUCUGGUGCGUUCUCUGGACCGUGAAACCCAGUCACAACACCAUCUGCUCGUCAUGGCUUCUGAUCAGGGCAGCCCGUCUCUCUCCAGUACAGCACACAUUUGGAUCAGAGUGGAAGACGUAAACGACAAUCCUCCGCAAUUCGAACAACGUUCGUACCGUUGCGUUCUGAGCGAAGAUGGCAAGCGAGGCCAAUUCGUCACGAUGGUAACUGCAACAGAUCCGGACGUCUCCGAUCAGACUCGGUUAAUCUAUUCGCUAACGGGCGGCAAUGAUCAGCAAAUGUUUAACAUUGAUUCAAAACGAGGUACCGUGACGUUGGGUAACUUGCAUCGCUUUGGAGAACAGCCAAAUUACUUGUUGAACAUCAGCGUCAGCGAUGGCGUAUUUACAAGUUUCGCAGCGCUCCAAGUGGACCUCCUUUCAACUAAUCGGCAUUCGCCCAGCUUUUCUCGCCCGCUUUACGAAGUGGAAGUGCUGGAAAAUCUUCCGGCUGGCACGUUGGUGAUCCAACUCAACGCGACCGACCUGGACAGGGACGAUUUCGGACGCAUAUCGUACGCCAUUUUGUCCACCGUCGCUUCGGAAAUGUUUAGAAUCGACGAGGAGACGGGAGAUGUUUUCACUCGGCGGCCACUCGAUCGUGAAGUGCGCAAAGUCCACGAGAUCCCAGUGGUGGCGUUCGAUGCUGGUGGCAAAUCGGGUCACGCUACGCUCCGUGUCAAAGUCGGAGACGUCAACGAUAACCGACCGAGGUUCCUGCUGGCUGAAUACAGAGCCAACAUCCAUGCCAAUUUCUCUGUUGGGCAACCAUUCCUUAAAGUUCAAGCCAUGGAUCUAGACGUGGAUAGUAACGCGAAAUUAAGUUACUCCAUUUACGAAUCAAAUGGAACUAAAGCCUCAGACACGUUCGACAUCAACUCAUCUACUGGAGAACUCUUUUUAAAGCUGAAUGCACUUGCCCUUGCCAACGAAGUGUUUCAAUUCUUCGUUCGAGCAGAAGAUCACGGCUCUCCAGUAUUGGGCACGGAAGCUCCAGUUGAUGUCCUCAUCCUCGAUCCGCAAGAGCGAGCGCCUACAUUCGAGAGGACUUCGUCUAAAUAUUUCAUUUCUGAAUCCGCACCAGUUGGCACGACGAUUGCGAGAGUAAAAGCGGUCAGUGGCGGCGAGCAAUUGCAUUACACGAUCGUUCCAGCUCCGAGAAAUCCCGAUUUAGACAAUGGAAGCAGAGAUGAAGACGUGGAACCAUCUCCCUUCUUUUCUGUGGACGAUCAGGGACAGAUUUAUUUAUCCCUUCCGUUGGAUCGCGAAACGUGCGACAUCCACAUCAUCACCGUCGUUGCCUCAACAGACACCUCACCUCCCAUUAUCGCCUUUACGGAGGUCAUCAUCCAAGUGCUGGACACGAACGAACAUCCGCCCGAGUUCGAAAGCAAUCCGUACAACGUCAUAGUAGCUGAAAAUGCAGAGAAAGGCACCAGCGUCAUUCGAGUGUCGGCUUUGGACGGAGACCGUGUCACUGGAACGUACGGCGAUCUUCGCUAUUCGUUCGGCCACAGCAUGGCGCCGGAAUUGGCCAAUAUAUUCCGCUUGGAUUCCGUGACGGGUUGGAUCACCACGUUGGGUCUUCUCGAUCGUGAAGAGCGUGAUCGCUACAUUUUGCCCAUCAUCGCCAGCGACAACGGAACGCCGGCCAAAUUGACUUCCACGACGGCGGUGGUAAUCGAGGUGCGCGACUACAACGACAACCCGCCGCAAUUCUCUCAAAGUCACUACGUUGCGGCCGUCAACGAAGAAGCCCUUCCGGGCACGGUCGUCGUCCGCUUGACCACCACCGAUCGCGACAGGGACCAAAGCCGGACAGAUUCUUCUUCGGCGCCGCAGCAGCCCCAGUUGCAGUAUUACAUUGUCAGCGGAGAUCCACGCUCCCAGUUUGGCAUCCGACAAGGCGAAGUUUAUGUCGAAAGAGCGCUGGACCGUGAAGAAAUCGGCUCUUAUAGCCUCCAGGUACUUGCUACUGACGGCUUCUUCACGGCCACUACCCACGUGACUGUUGACAUUUUGGACGACAACGAUCACGCUCCUGUUUGCACUCAGCACCGUUAUCACGAGCUCGUUUCGGAAGCAACUGCUCCGGGCACGUUUAUCGUUCGAGUCAGGGCGACCGACGCGGACGAAGGGCCCAAUGCUAAGAUGAAAUUCUACCUGACGGGCGAAGCAGCCGAUUUCUUCUUUUUGGACCCUUCGUCUGGCCAGUUGAAGACGCUGAAACCUCUCGAUCGAGAGACUAGACCCACGUACACGCUGACAGCUCACGUUCAAGAUCGCGAGCGGCCUCAGUGGGAAUGUACUUCCGAAGUCGUCAUCGCCCUGAUGGACGUCAACGACAAUGCUCCGAGUUUCAAUCAAGAUUGGUACACAUUCGCCGUUCCGGAAGACGCGGAAUUGAGGACCAUCGUGGGCAAAGUCCACGCUACCGACAGCGAUCUCGGCCUCAACCGGAAGAUUAGAUACAGUCUCCUAACAUCGACGACCUCUUUGGCCGGCCAGAACUCGUUCGCCAUCGACGCCGAGAGCGGAAUUGUGACGGUGGCCAAAGGUCUGGAUCGAGAAACUGUAUCAUCCUACAACUUGACCGUGUCCGCCAUUGAUUUGGGCACGCCCGCCUUGGUAUCUACCGUCGUCGUGACGGUGGUCGUGACGGACGUCAACGACAAUCCCCCGCAGUUCAGCCGCAAGUUGUACGCAGCGUCGGUGGCCGAAAGUUCGUCCGUCGGGACGGAAAUCUUGAACGUGCUGGCCACUUCGCUGGACAUUGGUAUCAACGCCGAGAUCAAAUAUUCCAUCGUUGGAGGCAACGAACAUCGCCAUUUCACUAUCGAUCCGCUCUCCGGCGUCAUCAGUCUGGCCGAGCCGCUGGAUUACGAACGGGCUCGAGAGUUCUACUUGACCAUCCAAGCUCUUGACGGAGGUGUUCCUCCUCUAAGCAACCACGCUGCCGUUAACAUCACCGUGCUGGACAGCAACGACAACCCGCCCGUUUUCACUCAGGCCAGCUACAGUGCGGCAAUCCGCGAAGACGCCAUGAUUGGCGAGACCGUAUUGCGACUGAACGCCGUCGAUUUAGACAGCGGUGAUAACGGCCGGAUCACUUACACGCUUCUCAAUGGCGACCGUCAUUCUCAGUUCCGUAUAGAUGGCAGCACGGGUUUAUUAACGGUGGCCGGACAGUUGGACAGGGAAUUGAUUACGAGUUACAUGCUGGAAGUGGAAGCGAGGGACAAUGGAGCCCCGUCUUCUCUAGCCGGAAACGUCCUGGUCUCGGUGGAAAUUACGGAUGCCAAUGAUAAUCCCCCUGCCUUCUCCCAAGUCAAUUACACGGCCAUCGCCCAGGAAGACAAACCUCUCGGAUUCGUCAUUCUCAAACUGCAAGUGACGGAUGCCGAUGGACCGUCCAAUGCCGGUCCUUUUACAUUCGAGAUCAGGACCGGUAACGUGGACAACGCCUUCCGUAUCGAUGGCAACGGUUCGUUGCGCACUGCCAGGCGCUUCAACCACAAAGUGCGCGACCAUUACAACCUGCAGAUCGUCGUUUUCGAUAACGGCAGUCCGCCGCUUUUCUCCGACACUUGGGUUUUGGUCAAGGUGAUUGAAGAGUCCAAGUAUCCUCCCAUCAUCACACCUUUGGAGAUCAACAUCAACUCCUUCCUGGACGAAUACGCUGGCGGAGUCAUCGGCCGUGUUCACGUCAACGAUCAGGAUCCUUACGACACUUUGGUGUACUCUAUCGUCGAGGAAAAGGCUUACCAACACUCGUCGGUGGCCUUGUUCGAGUUGGAUCCGGAAGAUGGAACACUGAUCGCCAAACCGGGCCUGGAUGUAGGAGCCUACACUGUCAACGUAUCCGUGACGGACGGCAGGUUUUUCACCUAUUCGGCCGUCAAAGUCAACGUCGUCUUCAUCUCAGACGAGGCGCUGCAAAACGCCAUCAUCCUGACGAUCCGCGACAUCACGCCCGACGAUUUCGUCACCAGCUACAGGAAGAACUUCCUCAAGGCCGUCCGCAAUAUCAUGAACGUCCGGACUAAAGACGUCUUCAUCAUCAGCAUCCAGCCGCAAGUGGCAUCACCUACCGGCCAGCCGUCGUCGAAAAGCAACCGGACGAGGCGCGGAGAUGACACGUCGCCGCUCAGGAAGUCGGCCGCUGUCACGAGACUGGAACCCAUGUGGCGCGUCCGCGAUCCCGCACGACAAUCGAGGCCCAACGUGGACAUCUUGUUCUCUGUUCAGAAGCCAGCCGGUGGGUUCUAUCCUCCGUCCAUUGUUCGCAAGCAGCUGCUGGACAACGUGGCAGAAUUGGAGGCCACCAUCGAUCAUCAUCGCAUUUCCGGCACUGUUCAGGGUUUCUGCACGUCCAACUUUUGCGGCGUCAAUGGCAAGUGCUACGAUCGAGUGGUGCUGGACGACACGAUGACAGUGGCCAUUACCUCCGACAUAAGCAGCUUCGUGGCUCCUCGCCAUAAAUACAAGCCGACGUGCUUGUGCAAAGACGGUUACGGCGGAGAGAAGUGCGACGUGGUGGCCAACGAGUGCGCCCGGAAUCCGUGCCCGGAUUCACGCAUCUGCCGGCCCGAGUCGGGUUCUCCUGGCUAUUCGUGUCGCUGUCCCGAGAACCAUCCGGGAUGCGUCAACGAAUUGACACAGAUCACUCCUUGCAAAGACGCCACGUCUGGAUGCUACCAACCCAGUCAUCCGAUCUACUUCUCCGGGAAGUCAUACGCCCAGUACAACCUGGGAUCUUCCAUCGAGCGCCGUCUUUUAUUGACCCUUCGAUUCCGCACUGUCCAUCAGACCGGAAGCAUCAUGUUUGCCAGUGGUCGUAUCGAUUACAGCAUCCUGGAAAUCGUCAAUGGCGAGGUUCAAUAUCGAUUUGAUUGCGGAAGCGGAGAAGGACUUGUACGAGUGACUGGUUUAAGUGUCAACGACGGAGCUUGGCACGAUAUCCGAGUGGAACGUCACGGAAGCGUGGCUGAAGUGACGGUAGACGGAUCGUACCGAUCUCAAGGAGCAGCUCCCGGAGUCAACGAUGUCCUCAACCUGGAACCAAUUAGCGAUCACGUCUUUUUCGGCGCGGAAGUUCGCACGUUGGACGAUGUCCGCAUGGGCUUUGUCGGAUGUUUGGAUGACAUCCGUUUGAAUGACAACCUCUUGCCGCAACACAUACCCAUCAGUUCGCCGGCCUCGUCUUUGAACAGCCUCGGUUCCAGUCACGGCACGUCGGCCAGUCCGUCCAUCACGUUGAAGAGGUUUACCAACGUCGAAUUCGUCUGCAGAGUCCCGCUCGAAAGGCCUGGCAUCUGUGGCAGCCAGCCUUGUCUGAAUGGUGGCACGUGCACUGAAAUGGCCGGUAUCUUGCCCGGCUAUCAGUGCACUUGCCGGCCUCGUUUCAUGGGCUCCCGCUGCGAGAUUGACAGCGAUCCUUGCGCUUCUUCGCCCUGUCUCUUUAACGGCCGAUGCUACAACCUCAACAACGACUACCGUUGCGAAUGCCCCACCCGUCUCAGUGGAAAACGCUGCGAAUACGGCCGCUAUUGCAACCCCAAUCCUUGCAAAAACGGCGGCAUCUGCGAGGAAGGUGGCAGCGGACCCAUUUGUAAGUGUCGCGGAUUCACCGGCGAUACUUGCUCCGUCGACGUCAACGAGUGCGAGCCUUCGCCUUGCCAGAACGGCGGCACUUGCGUCAACAUUGUCGGCAGCUUCCAGUGCCUCUGCCCCAACAACGUCACCGGCCAUUACUGCACAGAACUGGCCUUCAAAAACGAUUCGAUCACGUCCGAUUCGUUUUUCAGCAACUUUCCGAUUCUAUGGAUUUUGAUCGCCGCCGGCCUCACCGUUAUGAUCCUGUUGAUCAUCUUGCUAGUCAGCUGUUUGUGGAGAAGGAACAAGCGUUCGCGGAGCGGCAGUCACCGAUCGCACAGCAUGAACGACUCUAACGGCAAAGAAAUGGUCCCUCUCAAUUCUAGCCGACCGAUAGAUUUGUCGGAAUUCAAACGCGGCUCGAAAAUGAGCAACCUCGAAGCCACCAAUCAGGUACCGCCCAUGUUGCCGCCGCGUCCAGCUUCGUACACGCCCAGCAUCGGAGAGCCCACGUACCUUCCGCUGAACAACUUGGACACGAUCCGCAGUUACGGAUCGGCCGCUGACGAACUGGAAACUUAUCCCAUGUUGGGUUUGCCGGCCUAUAAUGGGAACGGCAUCGGGAGUGUGGGUGGUCACAACAAUCCCGAUUACCAUCCGAACUUGAACCGGCCGACGGGUGUCGGCAUGGCUUCCAAUGGCGGCACGGUGUUGGCUUCGCCUCCUGCCCACCUGGCGGCGCACGACACGCUUAGCGACACGGAUAGUGUACACAAGCCACGCUGGUCUGAUCUGGAAAGCAAUCUCAAAGGAUCUUAUUACGAAGCAGCCAAAAUCCACAACGACCUGAAAGGGAAAUGCAGCGAGACGGGAUCGACGGCCAACCGGAUCCACCAUAAUCAUCACCAUCUGAACGGCAGCCACUACGGCCAUACCGGAGGUCUGAUGCUCAGCAACGUUAAAAGCACAAACAAGGACGCGAUUGCCUCGGUUUCUACAUCCGUCUCUGCCAGCCUCGACGAUUGUGCGCGUGGACAGCGCGGUGGACUUGCAUUGGGUACGUCGAGCCCCGUGACGCUCUUACCUGCUGCGGGAAUUUCAUACAACUGCUCCAUGUCCCCGCUACCCACCCCGCCUCCCAGUCCUCCCAUCAUUCCGCCAUUACCUAGGGACUAUGCCGAAUUCGAAUUGAGUCUACAGACAUUGAUGAGGCAAACCGCUCUGCUCAGCCGGCCUUCACCGAGUUAUCACUGGGACUGUUCGGAUUGGGCCAAUCAGAGCCAGAACCCGUUACCUAACAUCACUGAAGUACCAGGGUCCGAGAUACCCGACUCUUCGAGUUUCCAUAGCAACGAAAGUAACGAGUCCAAUGGCAACAACCAUCAACUCGACACCCUGCACAACGGGAUGAUGAUGACAAUCAGUCCCGAACGUGACCUGGAUACGUUGGUGGAAGACCCGAAACCUGUCCCGACAUCGAACGGAUUCAGAUCUUUGGAUUCGGAUUGCGGUACGGAUGUUGAGAUGGGAUCCAACAGCACCAACCCGUUCCGAACAUGUCAACCCCCGAGCUUCGAGGAAAUCCUCGCCAACAGCGGACUGCGCCUGUCGGAUUUGGCUGUCGUCUCCAUACCCAACAGCGAUGGAGGAUGUAGCGACAGUGAAGCACCGUCAGAGUCAUUACCACCACCUGGCAACUACUCUAGGCAUCCCAAUCAUUAUCUACCACCUUACAGCAUCGCCAGCGAAACGGAAGCGGAAGAUUCAUCGCCCGUCCGCGGCGGCAACAACAAUGGACGCAACGUCUACGGCAAUCGCGGCGUAACGAACAACGACGACGAUGACGACAGCAGCCCAUCAUCGUCGAGCUCGUUUGCCAGUCAAAUCCGUCGCCCGCUGACCAAUUUACGGGCCGUGGGGAACGGAGCUUCCGCCGCAUCGUCUGCUCACGAUCGCGUUUCGUCGUUGAUGGGCUCGUGCAGUGACGUAUCCAAUUUGUGCGACAUUGAAGAUUCCGAGUUUGAAGCCGAGGACGUCAGGCCGAGAAUGCCAGCGCCGAUGACUACGAUCCAUAAAGCGGGCCAACCGAUCCAGACAGACGUCUAAGAUAUGUAACUAAGCAGCUAGCAACUAGACAUCAUCUCGGAUCGAUGUCGCCGAAAAUCGAGGACGACAGAUGUUAUCUACGGCCUUGAAGUGCCUCGGCGUUUUUCCUCCCUCCGUUCUUUUCUAUUCAUUUUCCAUUCUCUGUGCACUUUGCUGGGCGGCGCGUGAUCCAGCCCAUUUGCUUUCCCGGCAAUCUAUUUGCCAGUUCUUUUCUUCGUCGUUUGUCGAGCGCUCCGUUUCCCCGCUCUUUUAGCGCUUGAACGGCUGCAAACGGGAAGACGAUCGUCAUCAGCUCAGAGAUUUUAUUAAGAGCUUCACUCGUUUCACACUGCGAAAAUGUUUUUUAAAUGUUGGAAGGGAAGUGAAAAUUCAAUUGAAAAAAAUGACGAAGUUUAGCAAACGCUGUACUGAGAGAAUUGUGUACGCGUCAAAUUGUGCCACUCACCUCUGGAACACACGCAACUUUUAAAAACUGUAAAAAGUAAUGUAUGUAGAUUGGCUAUCGUGAUUCAAACUCCCCCCUCCUACCACUGUCCAUCCUCUUUUUCAUUCUUUUUGUGGAUAAUCCCGUGGAAGUGGAGUGUGUGUGCGACCUCUGCUUCGUUAUGUAUGACGUGCAAUGUUUAUCUUCUAUUUUUCUUGGUCUCCAUUUUCGUUUGAUCACGAAGCAAACGCGGUCCAGCUCGUUCGUUGUCCUCUUGUUUUUUUUUUUUGUUUUUUUACCUCUCUUUCUCCUAUUUUUAUUGUUUGAUCUGACCUUUUUUCUUAGUCGGUUUCAUGUAUUCCUUUAGAAAACAAAAGGUUUUGUCGCGUCUGUGCGGGGUUGCCUUUUGAUUUUAUGAUUUUUUUUUUUAAAGAUAACGAAAUGUUUGAUUUCGCGUAUACCAACAACAUAUUGUGUUCUGGCAAUUAUCAAUGCACGUGGCUUUUUUUUUUUUUUUAAUCUUUUGAAUUUCUUCUCUUUUGUUUUUUUAUUUUCAUUUCCUUGUUUUUCGUUCCUCUUGUUGUUUAUAUUUUUUUCUUUUUCCUUGUUGCACAGGAAAAUUAACGAGCUGGCGGCAACAAAAAAAAAAAAAGAGAGACUUGAUCCAGCCAUAUCUAAAACUGUUUGCCGCAAUUUGUGUUUUUUCUGCCUUCCCCAAACCUCUUUUUACACAGACAUAUAUAUUAUAUAAAUAUGGAGAAAGAGAGAGAGAUUGAAGAGAGGCAUUUUUGGGGCAUCGUAUAUUACAGGGCUUCGAGUAAUAUUUUUGCACCUACAUUGUUCGCUUUUCCUUCUCUUUUGUCCAGUUUGUACAUUAAACGAUGAUCGUGAUGACGACAUGGCAACGGUGUAGCAGACAACAACAAAAAAGUGUUUGAAAAAAAUUGAAAGAAAAGUGUUGUACAGUUUUACCUUUUUAAAAACAACAAAAAAUAUGAUUUCAUCUCUUUUGUAAAGAAAAUUGUGACAAAUACACAGAAAACGCAUGUU